UUUUUUUUGAAUAAUUUAAAGAAAGCCGGGGUGAAUAAAAAAACACACACACACACACACACACGCAGAUGCACAUAAUGACAGAAAACGAUGAGAAACUUCAAACAAAUACUUACGUAUGGAGUCAAAGUAAUGAUCAAAUUACCAUUUCCUUUUUAGUCCCUGAAUCAACAAAAGCAAAGGACUUGGAUAUUACUAUUGAACGGCAAUACCUCAAAGCUGGUCUUAAGGGUCAAGAACCAGUAUUCCAAGCUAAACUUUUUCAACCUAUUAACCAUUAUGAAUCACUUUGGCAAUUAGAAAAGAAUAGUAUGUCUCCUAUUUCUUCAAUUACAGCUUCACCUAGUCUUUCUAUUGCUUCUUCUUAUGCUUUCAUGUCAUCGCCUAAUCAUUCACCUAACUCUUCCAUGAUUUUACCACCACCAGCAACAGCAGAUGCAGGAAUGUCAGAAAUGUCCGAUUUGCUUGCUCAAACUGCUAAUUCACCCAUCAUGUCGGAUCCUGAUAGUAUCUCUCAGCCUAACUCACCUACUUUAUUACAUACCCCGCCUACCAUUGCAACCCCACCUCACUUGAAGAAGCCUAAAUAUAGAAUCUUGACAAUUCAUUUGGAAAAGGAGGAUCCUUUGUUGGAAUGGGCUGUCCCUAUUGCUGGACCUCAUCCUAAAUCGAAUACUUUAGAUAUAACAUCAUCUUAUUUAUUAGGUCAAUGGUUUGAAGUUCGUAUGGGAGAUCUUAUUAAAGCACUUGAAUAUUUCCUUUCUGCUGCUGAAAGAGGUCAUACACAAUCAAUGCUUAAAGUGGCCACAUUAUAUGAGACUACAAAAGAAAGUGUUGUGGCCAAGACAUGUCCUGAAAAGGAUAUGAAAAAAUCAUUUGAAUGGUAUAAGCAUGCUGCUGAUUGUGAACAACAAGAACCAGGUACAGAUGUAAGUAAUGGGCCAGAUCCAGUAGCAUGUUAUGUUGUAGGUACCAUUUAUGGCAGUGGUAUGUCUGAAGCAGAAAUCCAUAAGGAUUACCAAAGCGCGCUUUACUAUUAUAAUCGCUGUAUGACCAUUACCGCACCUCGCAUAGAUUUUGAUUUCUCAUUAUUAAAUAUGGAACAUAUUCCAAAGAACAAACUUCGUAAUCAUGCACCUCAUACGCGAGAUGAACGUUAUUUUUGCAGUUCAGCCUUUCAAACCGGUCUUAUCUAUCUAUACGGAUCUCAACCAGAAGGUGAAAGUGUGCAUUCAUCCACGUUCGUUGAAGCGGAUCCAAAUUUAGCUAUUCGUUAUUGGAAAGAAGCAGCAGCGCUGGGACAUGCGCAAGCAUGUUUUAAUAUCGGUAUUUUAUAUGCAAAUGGGAUGGGAGUUGAACAAGAUCUUUGGCUCGCUGGUAAAUGGUUUGGUAGAGCUAUCAAGUUAGAUUCAGCACGUAAUUUGGUUGUUCCUGAAGGAGUAACUGUCAUUGAAUGGGAUGCAACAAAAGAAAAUAAAACUAAGAAUAAUAAGGAAAGCGAAAGAAAGAAAAGGAGAAAAAGAAAAGUGAAGACUGCAAAUAAUAAUGAUAUAACCGGUGCUAUUGUGCUGUUAGGUACUAUUAUUGCUGUGACUGGAACUUUUUUGUACUUUUAUACAAAAGGGAAAAAGAAAUAGUCGUUCAUUCUAUUAUUUAUUACUUAAACUGGGGGAAUCUCUUUUACUUAUUUGGCAUAGUGUAGCCCUUUUGACAAAAACAAAAGUAUUUAAUUUUGUAACUUUUAAAUAAAUUAAGAAAAAA